CACCACCCCAAAUCUAUCCUAAUACAGGACAAAGUUUCCCGGGAUCUAGAAAGCCCUGGGUCACUGGAUUAUGUCAUAAUCACUGAUGUCAUCUUUGGGAAGAUUCUGAAGUUACCCUAUGAUUUAGGCCUUUCAGGCCUUGAAGCUGGUGGGAUUGAGGAGCUUUCUGAGAGCAGGAUGGCUCUUGACAGUGUGUGGGCUCCACAGGUGGCUAUGAUUGGGGAUGGGCCUGCCAAGAAAGUGAAUGAACAGAUGUCCAUACAGACACAGGCCCUCCAGACUGCCUCCUUAAAGGACGGCCCGGCCAAGCGGGCAGUGUGGGUUCGCUGCAAUAGUUCAAAGCCAGAAGACCCUACUAAAUCCACAGUGGCCAAGGAGAGGCCUAAGCUACGGGCAACUAAGGCAGUGGUAGUGGACCUGGGCACUGGGUACUGCAAAUGUGGCUUUGCUGGCCUGCCAAAGCCCACUCACAAGAUCUCAUCAACAGUGGGCAAGCCCUACAUGGAGACAGCCAAAACCGGGGAUAAUCGCAAAGAGACGUUUGUGGGGCAUGAGCUCCUCAAUCCUGAGGUCCGUCUCAAGCUAAUUAAUCCUCUGCGACAUGGCAUCAUUGUGGACUGGGAUUCAGUGCAGGAUAUCUGGGAAUAUCUCUUCCGACAAGAGAUGAAGAUCAGCCCAGAGGAGCAUGCGGUCUUGGUUUCAGAUCCCCCCCUGAGCCCUCACACCAACCGAGAGAAGUAUGCCGAGAUGCUGUUUGAAACCUUCAACACACCCGCCAUGCACAUAGCCUACCAGUCCCGCCUGUCCAUGUACUCAUACGGAAGGACCUCUGGCUUGGUGGUGGAGGUUGGCCAUGGUGUAUCCUACGUGGUCCCCAUCUACGAGGGUUAUCCUCUGCCUAGCAUCACCGGGAGGCUGGACUAUGCAGGCUCUGACCUGACAACUUACCUGAUGAACCUAAUGAACAAUUCGGGGAAGCAUUUCACAGAGGACCAGAUGGGCAUUGUGGAGGACAUCAAAAAGAAAUGCUGCUUUGCGGCCCUGGACCCUAUCGAAGAGAAGAAAGUACCAUCUACUGAGCACAUGAUCCAGUAUACUCUGCCAGACGGGCAGGAAAUACAGCUGUGCCAAGAAAGGUUCCUCUGCUCAGAGAUGUUCUUCAGGCCAUCUCUAAUCAAGUCCAUGCAGCUGGGGCUACAUACCCAGACUGUGUCCUGCCUCAACAAAUGUGACGUUGCCCUCAAACGGGACCUCAUGGGGAACAUCCUGCUCUGCGGGGGCAGCACGAUGCUCAGUGGUUUCCCUAACCGCCUGCAGAAGGAGCUGAGCAGCAUGUGUCCCAAUGACUCGCCCCAGGUUAACGUAUUGCCAGAAAGAGACACUGCAGUGUGGACUGGUGGCUCCAUCCUUGCCUCGCUCCAGGGCUUUCAGCCACUGUGGGUCCACCGCUUUGAGUACGAGGAACACGGGCCUUUCUUCCUCUACAGAAGAUGCUUCUGAACUCUGGAGUGAAGCAUGGUGGUCGUGGUUGCAAAGCACCAGCUUUGCUGGGUGA